GCUCUUUCCCUGUCUGAGCUUCGGGGACGAUUUCAUCUUCCUGGAAAGGAGCCUCGGGCUUUCCCAGAGGACUUGAGAGGCCUUCCCCGAACCAGCCACGCCAAACUCUCUUGCAGGAAGCUUGCUUUCUCUUUUUCAACUUCACCUUGAGAAAAUGACUGUCUCUUGAGCGUCUCAAUUUUCCCCUAAACUUGGGCAAGUGAAGAGACAUCAACCUAGUUAUCCAGCAGGACAGAAGGCCGAGUCCCACACUCCCCUCCUGUAAACUGUUUGACUGCACGUGAGUCGCUCUGUUUAUGACUUAUUUGCUAAGAAGAGCCACUGGGAAGCGGCUGGCCAGACAAGUCCACGCGGGUGCUGAGCGGGCGGGCGACCUCGGCGCCUCGCUGCUUCAGGCCGGACAUGAAGUCCUGCAAGCCCAGCGGCCCGCCGGCAGGAGCGCGCGCCGCGCCGCAGUGCGCGGGAGGCGCGGAGUGCGCGGGCUCGUGCGCCGGCGCCGGGCGACUGGAGAGCGCGGCGCGCAGGCGCCUGGCGGCCAACGCGCGCGAGCGCCGCCGCAUGCAGGGGCUCAACACCGCGUUCGACCGCCUGCGCAGGGUGGUGCCCCAGUGGGGCCAGGAUAAAAAACUGUCCAAGUACGAGACCCUGCAGAUGGCGCUGAGUUACAUCAUGGCUCUGACCCGCAUCCUGGCCGAGGCCGAGCGCUUCGGCUCGGAGCGGGACUGGGUCAGUCUGCACUGCGAGCACUUCGGCCGCGACCACUACCUCCCCUUCGCGGGCGCGAAGCUGCCGGGCGAGAGCGAGCCCUACGGCCAGAGGCUCUUCGGCUUCCAGCCCGAGCCCUUCCAGAUGGCCAGUUAG